GCCCCCGACGCAAGCGCAGCCAGUUUAACACCAGACCGAGCGUAGGGCGGACGCCAUGCGAAAAAAAACGAACAAUUCAAAAAUCGAAACGACCCACUAGACCGCGUUCCUAAAUCAAAAUUUAAGUGUCAAAACCCAACGCGAGAAAUUAAAAAGUUAACCUGUCAUUCCAAACCAUAUGGCCAGUCCAAGGAUGUGAACGUUUUUGAACCGUGCAUGUAAAGGAAUGUGGUUUUAGUGCCGAUGCCACAAGAGCGAGUGUUGUGUGCGUUUUGUUUUAUUUUUCAUUGUUUUUAAUGGUGGCGGUGUCAACCUUCGAAGGUGCCAGUCGGCGUAGGAUUUAAAAUUAGCUUUUUUCAAAAGACUGAAAUAUGUGGCGUGUGCUGCUUAUAACGACUCUGCUCGCGACUGUACGAUGCAAACAGUUACCACAGAGCAAAGAACUACAGACCACCACAGAAGUGACCACCGAAGACGACGCGACGUCAUGGCCCGCGCAAGCGCCGAUCGACGACUUCACAGUCGCGUGCGAGAGGGACAGCAUGCACAUCACCGUCUCGCUCGCACAUGUGGACCGCAAGUUUGAUGAAAACAAUGACCUUUUCGACACGUUCAACGGUAUAGUCUACCCGGCCGGUCUGGGCAGCAACUCCUCCUGCCUCCGAGAGUACGAGCAUGCGAGAGGGGAACUUAAGUACACUCUCCCUCUUAUGGGGUGCAACACCAUGGCCAAGGACAAUGACGAUGGCACCGUAGAGUACCACAACAUGAUCAUCGUCCAGCCUCACCCCAAGAUCGUGACGGGCCAGGGCCGCGGGUACGAGGUUCGCUGCCGCUACCGCCGCCGUGACCUGAUGCAGUUCCACGUACUCCGACAGAACCGCGCGGGGAAGGCGCUGGCUGACCUUGACAGUGAUCUUCAAGACUUGGAGAAGGAGUUCGUCAUGCUUCCCUCUGUCACCAUGCAGCUGUUCAAAGGGGACCCUGAAGAUAAACAUGAGGUGUCCGAAGCGAAGGUGGGCGACACGGUGACCCUGGUGGUCUCCCUGGAGAAGCAGGAUAACGUGGGGAUGCUGGUGAGGGAUUGCUACGUGCACGACGCGCUCGGGUGGGCGGAGCACAAGCUGAUCGACGAGGACGGAUGCCCACUGGACAGUGCAGUGAUGGGCGUAUUCCAGUACUCGGCCGAUAACAUGCGGGCCCAGGUCUCUUUCUCAGCUCAUAAGUUCGCGUGGAGCCCUAGCGUGUACUACACUUGUGGGGUGAAGCUGUGUAAAAAGGCUUGUCAACGAAAAUCUUGCGCUGACAAGAGCAGACGACCAAGAAGGGACCUGGAUGAAGGUUCCCCCGCUACUGUGGAGGUGUUCACCGGGCUCUACGUCAACGAGGCAGAUUCGCUGGAGAGCGACGAGGUCACCAGUGAGAAGAAAGAAGACGAGAUCUGCAUAUCACAGCGUAACUUCGCCAUCGGGAUCUGCAUCGCCGGAGUCAUCCUGAUGAUUUGCGUCAUCGCGGCCAUAGCCUACAUACUGGCUCGCAGACGAAGCCCCAAGACUUACAGUCGGACCGGCAGUUCCUUGUACAGUGGGCCUUACACUAACACAGGGUAUUCGCAUACCAGUUAAACUGGUGAAUAGACGCCGAUCGUCAGAAAGUCUCAAUGGACACCGAUCGGCGGUCAGAGAACUUCAAUGGACGCCGAUCGCGGUCGUAUAGUUUUUGGCGGUUGACAGUAAUGCCAGAAAUUUUUGAAAAGGACACUAAAUACCAGAAAAAACCCAAUACCAGAAAAAAAUUGAAUUUGAAUUAUCUAGUUCUCUUCUCGUUUUUAAAUUUAAACCGAUUGGCGUCCAUGCGUAGGUUUGUAUCAAGUGUAUUUUCAUAUGUGUUGAAAUUGGGUUUCAAAAAGUUUUUUUUAAAUGCCUCGCCAUCCAUAAAUAUGUGCGCGUAUUAAUGAGAGUCAAAUUAGUAUUUAAAAUUAUCUUCAUCGAAUUUUUAAUGAGCGCGUGAAAAGUCGAAAAUAUUCCGUUUAAAAGUACAAAAUAUUUUUUGAGAAAUUUUUUUUGAGAAAAUUUUUUUGAGUUGUAAAUGCCCGGUCUGUGUUAAAUUAAAUAUUUUUUAAAGAUUUCUACAUUGGAUUAAACUCUCCUACACUGCCUAAGUCAGUUCUUUAACAAUUUUAAUUCGUAUACUAUAUUUUACACUUAGUUUUAACUACAGUAUAACAUCAUAAAUACAUAAUAUUAUUUUUUUAAAAGGCCAUUAUGGUUUGCGAUUUUUUUACAAAAAAAAUAUUGUGAUCGUAAAAAAUUGCAAUACAUUUUGUUUUUUUUUUAGUUCAUAUUUGAAUUGUUGUGUUCAAAUCCACAACGAAAGUCAGUUUUAGUUAGUUAUUUUGUAAUUUACCAACUUGUAUGUAAGUUUUAUAUACCUACCAUAAAUGGGAAACGUAAUUAUAAUAUAAUAUUUAUAAUGUGAUAAUGUUUUGAAUCAUAUCCGUCCUUUAUUUUUAAGUAACACGUUUCUUUUCUAAAGUUUUUACUGGAUCACCACAGAGAUGCGACACGAUUCGAUUUUUUGCGUAAAAAAAAUAUUAUAGACUUUUUUUAUUUAAAAAAAAAACAGCAAAAAUUUUAGAAAGGAGGAGUGAUUAUACGUAAUAUAAGAAGGUUGCCUUGCAUUACGUAAAUAAUGUAAAAAUAUAUCAACAUGACAAAAUGUUGGUCUUGUAUAAGGGUAUUGUAAAGGCCUGCGAAAACUUAGUAUAAUAACAUGUAUUAGUUAAUAUUUUAUACCGACUCUAACAAAAUUACUGAAUACUAUAAUAAAAA